UCGUGUAUAAAACUAAUGAAGGAUAUGCCAAAAGUCAGUGUAUAUUGAUUGGCUGUGCUGGAUACUAAAGAAAUCAAAUGGGCGUUUUAACAAUUGCACUAUUGUCAUCGCUUUUGGUGAUGACUUCAUAUGGCUCUCAUCAGACCUACCCCGGAACGUCAACUCGUCCUGUGUUAUCGAACAGCGAAGCGGAAAUCUUGUCCGAAGAAAACUACCUACAAGGAUGGAGCGUUGAAGGCAUCAGUAUUCCGUCCACACCCGACUACUCUGUCGGAAGCACCCAAACGUACACUGAUAUUCAACAAGCUGUCAAUGCUGCUAUAAAUGCUGGUGGAACCUCAAGGAAAUAUAUUGCCAUUGAUCCAGGAACCUACGCUCAAUCUGUAUAUGUAACUGGAAGUGUCCCACUAACGAUUUAUGGUACCGGCAGCAGUCCAUCUAACGUCAGUAUUAUUCUUAGCCAACCUGCCGAUAUGACUGUUUCCGCUUAUAUUGAUCAGGUAAAUCCUGAUGGAAGUAGAUAUAGUUCUGGAGAUCCAGGUUACAAGCUCUACAAAAGCUGCGCUUCAAAAUCUGAUACUAUUGGCACAUCUUGUAGUUCGAUUUUCUGGAUUACAGCUAGUAAUGUGCAGGUCUACAACUUACAAGUCACCAACACUUAUACUUCAAAUGGAGUAGGACAAUCUGUGGCUUUGAAAACGGAUGCUGACAAAGUUAGAUUGUCCACUUUGAAUCUGAUAUCUCGACAGGAUACUCUUUAUGCUGGCUCAAACAACGACGGGGUAGUUCAGCGCGUCUAUAUUGAUAACACGUACAUUGAAGGAGAUGUUGACUUUGUGUUUGGAGGAGCUGCAACUGUUUUCACUGGAGUCACUUUUAAGGCAGUUUCAGACAGACAUCCGUCAGGAGCCAUAGUUUUCGCACCCAGUACUGUUCCUGGAAAUAGUUAUGGAUUUUUGGCUAUCAACUCUGUUAUAACAGCCGAUUCUACGUUCAAAUCUUCACAAAAAGUGAAUCUGGCUCGAGCAUGGGAUGCAGGCGUAUCUGCUGGUGAUUAUGUGGCCGACAGCUCGCCCAACGGUCAGCUGGUCAUUAGAAGCACUGAAAUUGAUUUAAUUAUCAAUGCAGAUGCACCAUACGCCACAUCAACCAGCAAGAGAGCCUAUAGCGGAAAUAAUGACACUUCGAGAGACUUGAAUGACAACACGUACAACAGAUUUUGGGAAUAUGACAAUACUGGGGAUGGUGCUUAAAAAUUGAUGUUAUUAUAAAUUAAUGGAAAUAUUUAAUAAAUGAUGAAACUUU